AUUGUAGAAGCGCAGCUCCAAAAAAGGCAGUAUAAUGUUAGAUCAGAUAAAAACGGUGGAAGAAGUAGAGGAAGGCAAACUGGACAAUAAGAAAUAUGUAUUUCAGAUUAUGCAUAGGGAGGAGAAGGUGGAUGGAUAUUUCACUCUGUAUAUUGUGGCUCAGAGUGGAGAACAGCAGAAAAAAUGGGUGGACACACUAAAAAAGUCAAUAAAGAAAAAGGGCGGCUCAUUUUUACCCAAGUACCACCCUGGGGCAUGGACCAAAAGCCAGGGCCAUUACAACUGCUGUGAUCAGAUAGACAGGAAUGCUCCGGGCUGUCAGCCAAUAUCAGAGGAUACCCCAGACAGUAGUACUAGUUCAGGGCCUACAGUACGAGGAAUGCCAUUACCACCAUUACCCCCAGGGGCUCAGGAGAAUAAAGCUCCACCCACGUCUAAUGGUACACAGAAACCAGUGCCUCGCCCCAGAAAUAGGGAGAAAAAAAUAUAUGUAGCAGCAUAUGAUUAUCAGCCAUAUGAGGAAGGAGACUUAGAACUUAUAACAGGCAAUGAAUAUGAAAUUAUUGAUGACAGCCGUGACCACUGGUGGUUUGCGAAAAACCAGGCGGGGGUUACUGGAUUUAUACCAGCAAACUAUGUAAAGAAGAAAUUUGAUCUGGAAAUAUAUGAGUGGUAUUAUAAAGGGGUGACAAGGGAGCGCAGUGAGGCUAUUUUGAAGGCAGAGGCUCGGGAGGGCUGCUUCAUGGUGCGAGACUCUAGUCAGGCCGGCAUGUACACUCUCUCCAUCUUCACCAGCGAAGGGCCAAACGGACAAACACGACAUUACCAUAUCAAGAAGAACGAGGAGGAAAAGUACUAUCUGGCAGAGAAACAUUCCUUCGUGACCAUUCCUGACUUGAUUUACUACCACAAACACAAUGCAGGAGGAAUAGCCACUAGAUUACGAAAUCCACCAGUAAAAAAUAAGGACAAACCUGUCACUGCAGGCUUUGGUCACAGUAAAUGGGAGAUCAACAGAAGUGAGUUGGAGUUAUUUGAGGUCCUAGGAUCAGGUUGCUUUGGGACUGUGCAGAAGGGCAAGUGGAAUGGGCGAGUAGUGGCAGCUAAAAUGAUGAAGGAGAGGGCCAUGUCUGAAGACUCUUUCCUUGAGGAGGCCAAAACCAUGACACAACUGAGUCAUCCAAACUUGGUGCAGCUGUUUGGAGUGGUGACCAAGUCAAAACCUCUCAUCAUUGUGACUGAGCUCAUGCAAUAUGGUGCCUUACUUACAUAUUUAAAAAGACAUAAAACCAGAUUACUGGACAAAGUGUCAACUCUAGUGGACAUGUGUUCCCAAGUUUGUUCAGGCAUGGAAUACUUGGAAAGCAGGAGUUUCAUUCACCGGGAUUUGGCUGCUAGAAAUUGUCUUGUUGGAGACAACCAGACCAUUAAAGUUGCAGAUUUUGGAUUAGCGAGGUAUGUGAUAGACGAUGAGUACACGAGUUCCACGGGCACCAAGUUCCCAGUGAAAUGGGCCCCACCUGAGGUCCUCAGCUUUACACGCUUCAGCAGUAAAUCAGAUGUCUGGGCAUUUGGUGUGUUGAUGUGGGAGGUGUUCACUGGGGGAGAGAUGCCCUAUCACCAGAUGAGGAAUGCUGAAGUCGUGGACUUUGUGUGUAGUAGCAAUCGCCGCCUGGCCAAGCCUCAGGGGUGUCCACAGAAGAUCUACAUGAUCAUGAUGGAUUGCUGGCACAAGGAACAAGAGUUGAGACCCUCUUUUAAAGAUUUGACUCAAAUGCUUGACACUGAAACUAAUGAUGGACACCGGAAGAGAGACCUUCUUUCAUGCAAAUGGGUCGAAAACUUAAAACUACGACCAGCAGUUAUGUUGAUCUACAUGACAGCAGUUUUGGAACAUAGAUCCUGAACAGAGACCCGCCUUCGCUCAACUGAGCCGAACAUGCAAGGGCCUGAUAGAGGAUGGGAACUACCCCCACAUACAGUGAGAUGUAGCCCCUUAAAGGGACCCACAAACAGUGAAAAAGGGACCUUCCUUCAUUGACUUCAGGAACCUUGUUGCACAGGAAGGAGGAAUUGUGUACAUGUGUACAGUGUUGAAAUUGUUUACAUGCCUACCAUAUUGGGUUUUAUGACUUCGUCUGCGUAUCUGAGAAAGGGAGUAAACUGCCAGCAUUUUUACAGACUUUGGCUCAGUGUUAUAUCCAUGAUUUCUGAACAUGGUUAGCUGUGAUAAUGCAUUUUCAACUGUAAACCAGUACCAAGGCCUAAAGUUAAAUUGUGCCAUACAUUUCAAUGGUUAACAUUAAAGGCUUCUCUUGUUUCUUAUAAAUAUUAAUAUAUCUACCCUAACAGGAUGUUAAAUAAUUAAUCAUUUUUUAAUUAAAUGAAAAAAAGUACUGGUUAUCAUAAUUGUCAAUGAAAUGUAAUAGAAUAAAAUAUGUUGUGUCACAUAAUUUACCACAAAUCCAAACACAAAGAGCAUUACAAACUGCAUAUUUUGUAAGUAGAGCUGUUUCAGUUUGACCAAUAUUUGAUCAUGCCCAGUUUUGUCAGAAGCUUGGCUGGAUCUUUUGAGGUCUCAUAAGUGGAAAAGGUAGCUCCGUACCAGACUGUGCAAAUGUGCAGGCUUGUCCAGAGCUACGCUACAUGUGGCAUAAGACCCAUUUUUGCAUGAUGUAGGUCAUAUUUGAGAUUGCUCCCUUGGUUUAUCACUAUUUGUAAGAAUUUUGUUUAGUUUUUGUCGAAUAUAAAUUGAAACAGAUUUUGUUAGUUUUUCCCAUAGUAAAUCAUGUGCAUAUUUUAAAUUUGAUAAAUAACGUCCAUUUUGUUAUUUGUUUAUUGUUGCCUUUAUAAUCAAAUGUUUACGCCCAAAUACUUAACGAUUUGCUUUGUAUUUUAUUUAAUGUUUGCUGCUGAGUGCUGAUAAUGUGAGGCUAAAAUGUUGUUAUAUUUGUAAUAUAUGAGUAUAUAUAAAUAUAUAUAGCCAUGCUCUGUGAGAAAGGGGUUUAAUGCAUGUGCGUAAAGUGUCGUCCCAGCACUGGGUAAUCAGGGACGACACUUUCCAGUAUUUUUAUGAUAUUUUCUGUUGAAAGGAAGUCUCUUAGCUAAAAUCCAGUUUAGGCAGAAAGUGUUGUCCUUGAUUAGCCUGUGUGGACUGCACAUGCUAAUCUGGGAUGACAUUUUUCCCACAUGCAUUAAACUCAUUUUUACAGAGCACAGCCCACAUAUAAUCUGCAGCAUUGUUUUUAGCUCCACUGGCCAGAGGCCAGCUGGGCUUAUGUCAUGGUCCUGUGUCCGUCGUGCGUGCGUCCGUGCGUGCGUUAACUUUUUCUUUAAACAUCUUCUUCUCCUAAACUAAUAGUCCAAUUCUGAUGAAACUUCUCAGGAAUGUUCCUGGGGUGUACCUCUUCCAAAUUUGUUCAAAUUAUGCCCCUGGGGUCAAAUUUGACCCUGCCCCGGGGGGUCAAAAAUUGAAAAUUUGCUUAUAUAAUGCCUAUUUUGUGAAAACUUUAAAAAUUCUCUCGUCCAUAACCAUUGGGCCUAGGGCUACCAAAUUUGGUAUGUAGUGACAUCUUAUAGUCCUCUACAAAGUUUCUUCAAAUUAUGCCCCUGGGGUCAAAUUUGACCCUGCCCUGCGGGGUCAAAAACUUGAAAAUUUGCUUAUAUAAGGCCUAUUUUGUGAAAACUUUAAAAAUUCUCUCGUCCAUAACCAUUGGGCCUAGGGCUACCAAAUUUGGUAUGUAGUGACAUCUUAUAGUUCUCUACGAAGUUUCUUCAAAUUAUGCCCCUGGGGUCAAAUUUGACCCUGCCCUGGGGGGUCAAAAAAUUGAAAAUUUGCUUAUAUAAAGCUUAUUUUGUGCAAACUUUAAAAAUCUCCUUGUCCAUAACCAUUGGGCCUAGGGCUACCAAAUUUGGUAUGUAGUGACAUCUUAUAGUCCUCUACCAAGUUUCUUCAAAUUAUGCGCCUGGGGUCAAAUUUGACCCUGCCCAAGGGGGUCAAAAAAUUAAAAAUUUGCUUAUAUAAGGCCUAUUUUGUGAAGACUUUAGAACUCUUCUUGUCCAUAACCAUUGGGCCUAGGGUUACAAAAUAUGGUAUUUGUUACAUCUUAUAGUCCUCUACCAAGUUUCUUCAAAUUAUGCCCCUGGGGUCAAAUUUGACCCUGCCCGGGGGAUAAAAAGUUGAAAAUUUGCUUAUAUUAGGCCUGUUUUGUGCAAACUUUAAAAAAAACUUUCUGUCCAAAACCGUAUGGCAUAGGGCUACCAAAUUUGGUAUGUAAUGACAUCUAAUAGUCCUCUUCCAAGUUUGUUCAAAUUAAGCCCCUGGGAUCAAAUUUGACUGUUCCCCAGGGGUCACAAAAUUGAACAUAUGCUUAUAUUGGGCCCUUUUGUGCAAACUUUAAAAAUCUCCUUGUCCAUUGGGCCUAUUUCUACCAAAUUCGGUAUGUAGUGACAUCUAAUAGGUCUCUACUUAGUUUGUUCAAAUUAUGCCCCUGCAAACAAAUUUGACCCUGCGUGGGGGUCACAAAAAUGAGCAUAUGCUUAAAUAAGGCCUAUUUUGUGCAAACUUUAAAAAUCUUCUUGUUCAUAAUUAUAGAGCCUAGGGCUACUAAAUUUGGUAUGUAGUGAUAUCUAAUAGUCCUCUACAAAAUUUGUUCAAGACUUCCAGAUGACCCCUAUUGAUUUUCAGAUCACUAGGUCAAAGGUCACGGUGACCCGAAAUAGUAAAAUGGUUUCCGGAUGAUAACUCAAGAACGCUUAUGCCUAGGAUCAUGAAACUUCAUAGGUACAUUGAUCAUGACUGGCAGAUGACCCCUAUUGAUUUUCAGGUCACUAGGUCAAAGGUCAAGGUCACGGUGACCCGAAAUUGUAAAAUGGUUUUCGGAUAAUAACUCAAGAACGCUUAUGCCUAGGAUCAUGAAACUUCACAGGUACAUUGAUCAUAACUCGCAGAUGAACCCUAUUGAUUUUCAGGUCACUAGGUCAAAGGUCAAGGUGACUCGAAAUAGUAAAAUGGUUUCCGGAUAAUAACUCAAGAACGCUUAUGCCUAGGAUCAUGAAACUUCAUAGAUACAUUGAUCAUGACUCGCAUAUGAACCCUAUUGAUUUUCAGGUCACUAGGUCAAAGGUCAAGGUGACUCGAAAUAGAAAAAUGGUUUCUGGAUAAUAACUCAAGAACGCUUAUGCCUAGGAUCAUGAAACUUCAUAGGUACAUUGAUCAUGACUCGCAGAUGACCCCUAUUGAUUUUCAGGUCACUAGGUCAAAGGUCAAGGUCACGGUGACCCGAAAUAGUAAAAUGGUUUCUGGAAAAGAACCAGAGAUUAUUAACCCUUUACCAAACACUAACAGGAUUUUACAGGUUUGUAGCUGACGACUAUAAAUAAUUGUGAUAAAAGGAGAAAUUGCUCAAGAUGAGCAAUUUCUCAUUAUAUCACAAUUAUUUCUACCCUACCUGAUCAUUUCCUUCACAUUCCAUUACAAUUAAAUUGUCGUCUGCAACCUCUUUCAAAUUGGGAAAGUCCAAAAUGUGUCGUUUGGUAAAGGGUUAAAGCAUUUUGAUUCCUACGGGUCUUGUGAAUCUGUUUCAAAUCAAAUGCGUAGAUUUGAUCUUCAGCAUCUAAAAAUAUGUGAAAUAGAAAGAACGACAAUAUGUUUUGGAGAGAUAAGUGUAUCUACGUUAUAAGCAAAGGAUCUGAGCAACAAUUCCCAGGCUUUUUAGUCUGUUUAGUUUACAGGGUAGUAACUUUGUCCCUAUUUAAAAAUGCUCACCCUUUCAACUUUAAGCGCCCAGUAGGACAAGGGAUAGAAAGAGAAAGUCACAUGCUUGAGCACAUUUCAACUCAUGCGCAUUGCACGUUUUUUUGCAUAAAAAUCAGUGGAGUGAUACAGGGCCAUCAUGGCCCUCUUGUUGAACUUCAUUUUUAGUAAUAUGAAAAUCAUGCUUAAAAUUACUUGUAUAUUUGUAAUAUAUCAAUGUCCAUAACUUUCAAAUUAUGUUUGUAGCAGAUUUGAUUUAAUAUUGUUAUGUAAACAGAAUAUUAAUAUGUUAUUUUUGUGUCUUUGAGUGUCAUUCGUCACUUAGAAAAUCUUCCUACUAACAAUUUAUUGAAUAUGCAUUAAGUACAUUCACUUACUGCAUUUCUACAUUAACUGGUAAAUACAUACCUAUGUAUUGCUUUAUAUAAAUUGUUCACGAUGUGUUUAUAAUACAAAGUUAUAGCCACCUUUAUAUAUUGGAUUUGAGGAGGCCAAUCAAAUGUGCUUACAUAUACAUUCCAGCCAAUCCAAUGUGCUUACAUAUACAUUCCAAAACUGAAUAUAGUAUUCCUUUACAGCAUUACCAGAAAUGGGAAAUCAAUUCAUGUUUAGUCUUAAAAUAUUAGCCUCGAUCUGAGAAAACUAUGCUUAAUGCAAUUGCCUAAAGUGUUGUCCCGGAUUAGCCUGUGCAGUCCAGACAGGCCUAUCACGGACGGCACUUUCCCUUUUAUGACAUCUUUUACUUUAAAUGAAGCCUCCUCUUUGCGAAAAAUUCAGUUAACCCCCUUUUCCCAGAGCGACCCUCAUAUGCUUUUGCUGAUGCCAUUGUUCGUUUAUGAGAAAUAUUGCAGUGCUACUGUUUAAUGGUGCUGCACUUGUGUAAGCCAUUUUCAUGCAAUUUACGUCUUCCAGUGAUCAAAACAUUUAUAUACAUAUAUGUAUCAACCAUUUUUUGUGCUAUACUAUAAUAUAAUUAUAAUGUAGUAGUAAACAUAUUAAAUCUAAUUGCAUCUUUUGUUACUUCUAUGAGUGAGCAAUCUAAACCUAGUGGAAAUUGUUGUGUAUUUUUAUGCCCCCAGUAGGGUUGCAUAUAGCAGUUGAAAUGUCAGUCCGUCUGUCUGUCUGUGCGCCCGUUCGAAAACUUUAACAUUGGCCAUAACUUUUGCAAUAUUGAAGAUAGCAACUUGAUAUUUGGCAUGCAUGUGUAUCUCAUGGAGCUGCACAUUUUUAGCAGUGAAAGGUCAAGGUUAUCUUUCAAGGUGAAAGGUCAAAAAACAAAAUCCAAGGGAAGUAAUAUUUUUUAAAGGGUUAUAAUAAAAAUAAAAAUAAAAUUAUUUGAAAGCGGCGCAGUAGGGGGCAUUGUGUUUUUGACAAACACAUCUCUUGUCUUUUUUUAAAACACACCAAAUGUAAAAUGUAUCAUCUUGUUUUUUUGUGUUGAUUUCAACUUAAAUUAUUAUCUCAGAAAUGUUUUGAUCAUGCAUGAGAUAAUACUUAAAUAUGAAAAAAUAAUGAAAUGAAGUUUAUGUAUACCAUGGGAACACUUGAGUCAUGAUAGGUUAUGCAUAUAUUAUUUUUACAUGGUAUAUUAAUAAUUCAUUUACUCAUUCAAACUUUAAAAUCAACAAUGUUAUUUGAUAUAUGUUAAUACAUUUUAUAAAUAUUUUGGUAUUUUGAUAUAGAUAUAUGUGCAUGUUAAAACAUGUUAUACAAUUUUUUGCAUUUCCUGCAAAAAUGUUUUUUAUAUUACUUGGGAAUUCAUUUAUUAGAUACUUCAGACCAAUGACUACUUAAGCUUCAUUUGAAGCAUACUUGUGAAUAGAAUGUGUCUAAAAAAUUAAGUAGUACUGACCGAGUCAUACAACAAAAGACCUUUAAAUCCCAUUUACAUGGUAUUGCUUUUGUAAGUUAAUGAACGUGUAAAGUUUUAAAUCUAGAAAUACAAAACAAUAGUCUUCAAUCACUGAGAAUGAAAAGCUUAAAAAUAUACAACUAAACUGUGAUGUCAAAGCAUCACUAUGUUUGUCAAUUAGUAAAACAAAAAUCUACAUGCAAUAUACAUGUAUACAAAAUGUCAUAUAUUAUUUUUGGAGACAUACCAUCUCAGAGUAUCCUCCCCGAUUAGCCUUUUGGGCCCGCACAUGCUAAUGCAGGGCGACACUUUCACACAUUGGGACCGCACAGGCUAAUGUAGGGGGACACUUUCACACAUUGGGACCGCACAGGCUAAUGUAGGGUGACACUUUCACACAUGCGUUUACGCCUGACCGCACAGGCUAAUGUAGGGUAACACUUUCACAGGCUAAUGUAGGGUGACACUUUCACAGGCUAAUGCAGGGCGACACUUUCACACAUUGGGACCGCACAGGCUAAUGUAGGGUGACACUUUCACACAUGCGUUAACGCCUGACCGCACAGGCUAAUGUAGGGUAACACUUUCACAGGCUAAGGUAGGGUGACACUUUCACAGGCUAAUGUAGGGCGACACUUUCACACAUGCGUUAACGCCUGACCGCACAGGCUUAUGUAUGGUGACACUUUCACAGGCUAAUGUAGGGUGACACUUUCACACAGGCUAAUGUAGGGUGACACUUUCACAGGCUAAUGUAGGGUGACACUUUCACAGGCUAAUGUAGGUUGACACUUUCACACAUGCGUUAAGGCCGGUUUUUCCAGAGCAAGACUGAUAUAUCCAUUAUAGUUGCAUGUUCAACCCUUGAUAUAUGUGCUCACACUGUAGUAAAUCCAGUAUUUGUUGCCUCUUCAAUGAACUCUAUUGUUUGUGUAUCCGCAAUGUAUCUGUAUCACAAUCUGUCCAUAUGUUAAAAGCUAAUUGAAUAUAUAGAAUAUCGCUUUUUUCAUAUUGAACUAAUUUUUGUACUUAAGUUGUUCACAUGUGCUUUUUUUAGAGAUAUGUUUUUAAUUAAAUUAUGACAAAUAAAAGUAAUAUAUACUUCUA